CGCACUUCCGGUUGAACCAUUUUCACCCGGAAGACGUCAGAAGAAGCCAGAAUGGCGGAAUACACAGAUCGUGGUGGUCCAGCUGAUGAGGUUCCUGAGCUGUCCGACAGUGAAGAUGAAGCGCAGUGGAUAGAGGAAGAGGAUGAACAUGAGACUGAAGAGCGUGUGUUGUGUCUGUUCUGUGACAGGUUUCUCCAUUCUGUUUCAGAAACGUUCCAUCACUGCCAGGCCGAUCAUCACAUUAGCAUCGCGGAACUGGUGAAAAAAUACGGGCUUGAUGAUUAUGGAUACAUAAAGAUGAUAAACUAUAUAAGAACAACGAAGUGCAGUGUGGAGAAUUUGGCAUCGUGUUCAGGCAGUGUUUUGCCAUGGAGCGGAGAUGAGUACAUGAAGCCGACUUUGCCUGAUGAUGCAUUAUUACAAAUUGAUGUGGAGGAGUUGGGUGGUGAUGUGGCAGCAAGUGAUGACAUUUCCAUGUGGGUUCAAAGAGCACAGCAGGCAGAGGAGAAUCUCAGCCGUGCAAUGGAUGAUCUGCAUAAACUCAAAACGUUUGCACAGGGCCUUGUGCUGAAUUCGGACGUGAUGCAGAAGUGUGUAGGGAGUGUAGCAGAGCUGCGAGAAGAUGAGGACCAGGCCUAUUUCAGCUCUUAUGGCCAUUACGGCAUCCACGAAGAGAUGCUCAAGGAUAAAGUACGCACUGAGAGCUACCGGGAUUUUAUAAACCUCAACCCAGAUGUGUUCAAGGACAAAGUGGUGCUAGAUGUGGGCUGUGGUACUGGAAUCCUGUCCAUGUUUGCUGCUCGGUCUGGGGCCAAGAAGGUCAUUGCUGUUGACCAAUCAGACAUCCUUUACAAUGCCAUUGACAUUGUCAGAGCUAAUCAUCUGGAGGACACAAUCACGCUUAUUAAAGGCCGGAUAGAGGAAGUGGAGCUUCCUGUAGAGAAAGUGGACAUCAUUAUUUCAGAGUGGAUGGGCUACUUCCUCCUUUUUGAGUCAAUGUUGGAUUCAGUGAUCUUCGCCAGGGAUCGAUACCUCACUGAGAGAGGUUCAGUUUAUCCUGAUCUAUGUACCAUUAGCUUAGCAGCAGUGAGCGAUGCUGACAAGCACCAUGAUCAUAUUGCAUUCUGGGAUGAUGUCUAUGGCUUUAAGAUGCCGUGUAUGAAGAAAGCAGUGAUUCCUGAAGCAGUGGUCGAGGUUUUGAAACCUGAAACUGUCAUUUCAGAGUCGACUGUUAUUCAGACAUUAGACUGUAAUGCUGUCACACUCUCUGAUCUGGAGUUUACUGCUGAUUUUACCUUGAAGAUAACAGCAAACACAAACUGCACUGCUGUUGUGGGCUAUUUUGAUAUUUUUUUUGACCGUGACUGCACGAACAAGGUAAUGUUCUCCACAUCUCCUAACUGCACUAAGACUCAUUGGAAGCAGACAGUCUUCUUUCUGGAAAAUCCCAUACCUGUCCAGUCAGGUGAUGAACUGCCUGGGCGAAUAACAGUCUGUAAAAACAGGAAGGACCCACGAGCGUUAAUUGUUACGCUAAACAUUGCUGAUUUGAAGCAGACAUACUGUGUGCAGUAAAACUCGACCACUGGUUGUUUUCAUCAUGGGGCCAUACAGCUUUUGUAGAAUUGUUUUAUUCUAUAAUAAAACUCUGGGAAAGAA